UUAAUUUUUACUAAUCAAGUUGAUCAGCAGUUGAUCUAUCAAAAGUACUAAUAUUAGAUUGCUUACAAUGUCAUUGGCUGGAUCUGAUGUAUCCACUUGGAUUUAGUAAAAUACUGUAGCAUUGGGAAGUGCAUCUCUUACCGCUGUGAACUUUCAUUCCAUUUCAUGCUUUUUCUAUAUGAGGACUUCGUAGGGAUUAUGAAGGAGUUUAGCUUUUGUUUUUGUUUGUUUUUAAUAUUAAUACAAUGGUAAUAUGGAUUCCUGGAGAUAUUUGAUGGUUGCAUCCUCAUGGAUUUACAUAAUAAAUUAAAAGCAUUUGAUUUUACAUCUGAAGUAACAAAAAAUAUCUCUAUUGCUGAAGAAAAAAAUUAUAAUGCUGGUUACCUAUUUCUUCGCAAUCAAGAGGAAGUGGAUCAUUCAUUAAUACCAUUAUUACCUGGAUAUAUUGUUUUUACGUCUGCAGGUAAAAAACGAUUCAAGUUGUCAAUUUUAGAAAGUAAUAAUCAAUUACUUUUUUAUUGGAAGGAAUUUGGUUCUGAUACGUCAUAUGUUAAUAGAAAGGCACAAGGCUUUGAACAAGUUGCAUUUUAUUAUAUGUUAAAGAAAUAUGGAUUUGUUACUACUAAUUCUAUUCAAUAUGUUCUUGGUCUUAAUAUUCCAGAGAUAAUUAAUGAGUUAAAACAACUUGUUUAUGAAAAAUUUGUGAUUAUUUCUCAAGUACAAGAACCGGAAAAUUCAAAGUUAAUUAAGGCCAAAAAAAAGGAAGAAACAUUACGCCGUAGUUUAAAAAGAUAUCAGGAAAAAAUUGAUGAAAUAAUUUAUGAAAAUAACAAAAAUAGGAAAAAUAUUAUACUUUAUGGAAUUCAAAUUGAAUCUGACAGAAAAAGGUUAUCCCCAAAAAAAGCACAAGUUUUAAUGUUAAAUAAUAUGGAGAAUAAAAAAACAAUUUAUUCUCAAAACAGAACUAUUAAAACACUAAAAGAAAAAGUUUCUUUAAAAAAAUAA